CCUGGACACUUUAUGGUGUACCUUGCUAAUACUGGGUUGAAUCCUACUUUGUCUUCAGAACUUCCUUAAUUCUAAAUGUCAGAUUUAACAAGGUGCUAAAAACAUUCAACAGACAUCUGCACAUCCACGACUGGACUCCACUGGACUGUGAUUAGCUCUUGCAGGAUGAAGGGAGGUGAAGAAGGAAACUGUUCUCUGGUCCAACAAAUCAAAAGCACUUUCAGAAAUUAUGGACACCAUGAGGAGAAAUAUCCAGCUCGUUACCAGUGCAUUUUUUCAUAAAAGUGCCAUGGGAUGGUGGUGGCUUCCUGAGCAGGUAAAGUGAUUACAAGUGGGGUAAUUAUGACCCCAUUAUUUUUUUAAAUAGCAAUAAUUUCUCUUUAUUUGUUUAUCAUACUGUUCCUUUCCUUUAUGGUGUUCAAUAUAUUUUCAAAAAAUAUAUCAGCAGGAUUGUACACCCUGUCUCUGGUACUGGUACUUAUAAAGCACUUCUCUGCUGUACCUGAGUGGAAAAGCAUUACAUUCAAAGAACAAGUCUCAUUCACCCAAUCAUACACGCAUUCACACAAGUGGUUUUAUUUUCCAUAUUCAGACUCUGAUGAAUGCAGGUUCAUCUCCAGGUUCAGUAUCUUGCCCGAGGAUACCUCGAUACGCUGACUGGAGGAGUACUCAAGGCUCAAAACUACAACUAAAAGAACUGUACGGAUCCUCUGGUGUCAGACAUCACAGGCCACCAUGACAGGUCCCAUAUCCAUCCUCCUAUGGCUGAGAGCUGCUUUGAAUCCAACAUGAAUGAGGCCUACACAAUCAGGCAGGUGGUUUACAUGUUGUGGAGGAGUUCUCUAUGAUGUUGUUUGAUUGUAGUAAUGAAUUUAAAAAGAAAAAAUACUCUUACAAUCUAUACUCUACUCCCUUUGGUAGAAUGAGCACCGCCUAGUUAUUAAAUCAGCAGAGCAGCUUUCCUAAAAUGUUCAGCGUGCAAUCAUUCGUGUACAGGUUCCUCGCCAAGCUUGAAUCUUGAUUGAGUGAUAGUGAAAUGAAAUGAAAGGUCCCCACCCCUCCUGUCAAUCAUCCUCCCACUGAACAAUAGCACUGCUUGAGGGAUGGCUUCAUGGGGAUAAACAAGACUCUAAUCCUGCUCCUCUCUCUCCACCCUGCUACUCUGCUCUUGGCAGUAUAAGCUGCACACGGGCCAACCCGUACUUUACUAAUAUGAUUAAGCAACAGUGGGUGGAAGCCACAUAUGUGUGGUGACAAACUGAAGACGCCCCACUCCAAAAUGAUUUUUGACACAAGCGCUUCUCCAACUGUUGCCAAAGAAUUACUGUAGUGUCAGAGUUAUUCGAAAAACGUCCAGAAAGUCCCGCAUGAUUUAAAAAUAGAGAGAAAACAGGCCAUCUGCCUCUUAGUAUAGUGAAGCAGGAAGGAUUAAAUCCAGAUUAUGGACGAGGCAAAACGUGUGUGCGUUUAAGUUCGUGCAUGAGUGUGUGUGUGUGUGGUGUAUGUUUCUGUUGCUUGUUGCCAGUGUGUCCUUGGCUCCAUAGACAAGCAGCAGGUUAGCUAGAGAGCUACCACUGGAUUUAACAGCUAUAGGAAGCUGAAGCGAAGGGGAGCAGGAUCAUAUUCAUCAGCUCAAAAUUCCUCAUCGUCGUAAAGAGUAAAGAGUCCCAGAACUGAAGAUGGCUUUCUUGAUCAAGAGCAUGAUUGGGAACCCCCUGUCAGGAAUGGGUCUUGGUGGUGGAGGUGACAAAGAAGAGGAGGCCACCCCCUCAGAUCCAGCCAAAGCCGCAGGGAUGACCCGCGAGGAGUAUGAAGAGUACCAAAAACAGUUGGUGGAGGAAAAGAUGGAGAGAGAUGCAGAUUUCUUGCAUAAGAAGGCAGAGAGGGCAACACUGAGGGUGUGCCUCAGAGAAAAAUACAGACUCCCAAAGAGCGAGCAGGAUGAGAACAUGAUCGAGAUGGCCGGGGAUGACGUGGACGUGCCCGAGGAGCUGCUCAAGAUGGUGGAUGAGGACGCUACGGAGGAGGAAGGCAAAGACUCCCUCCUGGGUCAAAUUCAAAACUUGCAGAACAUGGACAUGGACCAGCUGAAGGAGAAGGCCUCGGCGACGGUCACCGAGCUGAAGACCAAAGCAGAAGAGAAGUGUUCCGUCAUGUGAGUGGCCAGAGAGGGCAUGUGGGUUCGCAAAGUCGGGAAGAAGAAGAAGAAGAGAGAAGAGAGGAAUGAAUAUCACCACUUCCUGGGAAAAAAAACACGUCUGGGAUUCAGUCAAAACGUAAAAAUGCCUGCAAAGUAUUCAUUUUUCUUCUAAGAACUAAAAAGGCAUUAUCUUCACCAGGGUGUUAUAUCUUUACCACAACCAGUCUGCAUCUAUUUAAGAAUAUACACUAAAGGUUUCCAUGUCAGCUGAUUACUCGGUGGGUAAUCGUUUCCAACUUUCCAUAAAAACAAAAUAAUACUAUUUUAAAUCCUGUGCUGAGUGCCCUAUCCACUCCCUCCCCCUCAUUACCGUUUAGACAAGAAAUCUAGAAAAGUACAUUUUCCUGAUCCACUGCCACGGAUGAUUUCUUUUCAUAAUUCCUCCAUAAAGCUACAGGCCCUGAUAUAUUUUGAAAUUUGUAUUUGUCAUAUAAUAUUGACUUUUUUCUCUGUUUAUCAAAAAAAUGUAAAUGUUUAAUCUCUAAAAUUGUUUUGCGGUUCAUGAAAUAACCAAGACUUAUUAAACCAAUCCUGUCUGCUAAUUUCCACUUUCCUUUUGGUUUCAUGGUGAUUCUAGAUUUGUUUUUUCUUUUGUAUGUGGUGUUGAACUAAUGAAAUUUAGUCUUUUUUUCUGUCGGUGUUACUACAAAAGGUGAUCUACACAAGUUUUGACAUUAUAGUUGUAAUAAAACUGUUGUGUCUGACACAUUUGCUGAGACAUUUGCAGAUUUGCACAAACUGUAAUUUCAAAAUCAUUACAAUAAAAUCAAUGCUCAUAAACGCUUAAAACACACAUGGUGGCUACACUGAGAAAACUUUAAAUAAAGACAUAUGUGGAAUACAA